CCGAAGGUAGUUGCAGAUCACUUGUGUGUUUGCGAUAACACGCAACACACCUCAAACAGUGUCAGUUGUGUUGUUUUUAGGGAAAGUUAUCCGAGUAAGUUGCAUCCCUUCGACAUGAAGUGGUCUACGUCGUUGCUGGGAUUACUGUCCUUCAUUGCCGUUGUGGUAAAUGGAGCGGAAAAUCCUCGCAUAAUCAUUGUUGGUGCUGGUGCCGCCGGUGUUGCCGCCGCUAGCCGCCUCUAUCAACGUGGCUUCCGUAAUAUUACCAUUCUGGAAGCAUCGCAACGAAUUGGGGGACGCAUUCGCACCACUCCGUUCGGUCCUGGUAUUGUGGAGUUGGGUGCCCAAUGGUGCCACGGUGAGGUCGGCAAUGUGGUGUACCAGUUGGCAUCGGUAUAUCCGGGACUGCUCAAGUCAUCCAUCAUUGCGGAUGAAGAUGCCGUUCUGAUUCGUUCUAGUGGUGCUAGGGUGCCAGAAGCUGUGGCUGACCGUUUGCAAACCAUGGCGGAAGGAAUCAUCGAGUCGGAUCAGCGCGACUCGUUUGCUGGAAGUUUGGGUGACUUCUUCACACAAAAGUACUGGCAAACUCUGGCAACACCUGCAUACAAAGAUAUUAGCCGGGAUCUUGCGGAGCAGUUCCUCGUGUACUAUCACAACUACGAGCGUGGCUAUACGGCGUACGACUCGUGGUUUGAGGUGGCAGCGAGCGAAACUGACAGCUAUGUAGAGCCGGCCGGAAACCAGGAUAUAGCGUGGAAUGGAAAGAAAGGAUUCUCCGCCAUCCUGGACAUUGUUUCGGGUAAUUAUCCAGGUACGACCAAUACAUCUCUUACUCCAGUGCCGAUCAACAGCCUUGUCAAGUACGGCAAGUUCGUAUCCAACAUCCAGUGGAAAGGCUCAUCGGAUGGAGAUGUCAUCGUCAAGGCACAGGACGGCACUACCUACGAAGCUGAUAACGUCAUCGUUACCGUCUCGUUGGGUGUUCUGAAGGAAAACUCAGCCACAAUGUUCUCGCCAGCACUACCUACCGUCAACCAGCAAGCCAUCACCGGACUCUACUUUGGCACUGUGAACAAGAUCUUCGUCCUCUUCGAUGCACCUAUUCCGGAGGACUUCCCCAACACCGUACAUCUGCUGUGGUACAAGUCGGAUCUUACCGCACUGCGUCAAUCGCCCCACGCCUGGGCCGAAGCCAUCUCUACCUUCUUCCGCAUCGACAAUCAACCGAACGUACUGAUGGCCUGGAUGAAUGGUGCCGAGGGACGACGGGCCGAGUAUCUCCUAAACGCUCCAAUUAGGGACGGUGUACUGCAUCUGCUGAAAAUAUUCGGCAAAGGUCUCAAAUUUGGCAACGUGACGGGUAUUUUAAGAUCCAAGUGGUCAUCGGAUCGUCUUUUCCGUGGUUCGUACUCGAGCCGCUCGAUCACGACGGAGAACUUGAAUACGGGCGCACGUGCGCUCGGAACACCGGUACGAAAUGCAGCCAACGAGCCCGUGCUACUGUUUGCCGGUGAAGCUACGAAUCCGGUACACUAUUCCACCGUUCAUGGUGCGAUCGAUAGUGGAUUCCGUGAGGCUAACCGUUUGAUUCGCUACUACAGUGUUGCGAUGGCCGGACGAACGCCAAGUGUGAUAAUUGUUGGUGCCGGCAGUGCAGGCAUUGCCGCUGCCACACGCCUUCUGGACCGGGGCUUUCGCAAUCUAACGAUCCUGGAGGCAGAAAAUCGACUCGGCGGUCGCAUUCACUCGGUACGGCGGGGCGGCAACGUGCUUGACUAUGGUGCGCAAUGGGUGCACGGUAAGGAGAACAACUUCAUCUACGAUAUGGCCUCCCAGUACGGGCUGAUCGAGGUGGAGCAGCACAAGGAGAACGAUGUGUACUACAAAUCGACCGGCGAGCUGGUGCCGAAGGAAACGUCCGACCGUGUGCUAGAGACGCUGCACAGCCUGCUCGAAGAAGAUGCCGACGGUUUGCAGUCCUACACGGGUUCGCUCGGAGCGUACUACGAUCAAGUGUUUUACGACGCGGUUCGGGCCGGAAAGUUUGCCGGCAUCGAUCAGCGCACCUGCUAUCAGCUGUACCAGUUCUUUAUCAAGUACCACAACACGUACAAUGCCACCGAUACGCUGCACGAGGUGUCCGGUGCCGGCCUGCUCGAGUUCGAAGAUAACCAGGACGAGUUUCUUAUCAACUGGAAGAAUCGUGGCUUCCACACGCUGCUCGAUUUGCUCAUGCGAAAGCUUCCGGAACAAAGCGGCCCACCUAUUCCAGUAGAAGAGUACACAAAGUUUAAUCAUGUCGUGAAGUCUAUUAAAUGGAACUGUCCAGAGAACCCACACCACCACCGAGUGUCUGUAACGUGUACCAACGGUGCCACGUUCAGUGCUACCCAUCUCAUACUCACCGUGUCACUCGGUGUGCUGCAGGACCUGCACACCGGCUGGUUCGAUCCACCCCUGCCCGAACCGAAACGGAACGCCAUCGAAGGUCUGUACAUCGGCACGAUCGACAAGCUGUUCCUGGAGUUUGAUGAGCCAUUCUGGCCGCGGGACGGCAGCUGGCACGGCUUCGGGCUGCUCUGGGAACCGGCCGAUCUCGAGCAGCUGCGCCACGACGGUCGCCAGUGGUUGCGCAGUGUUUGCGCCUUCUUCGUGCCGGACCGUACCGAGCGGCUGCUGGUGGGCUGGAUCUACGGCCACGAUGCACGCACGAUGGAAGCCCUGCCGGAGGGGCAAGUGAUCGAUGGAUUGAUGUACUUGUUGCGUAAGUUUUUGCCCCAUCUGCCCGUCCCGGCCGGUCCACGCUGGUUUUCGCGCAGCCGCUGGUACAGCAAUCCACACUUUCGCGGUUCGUACAGCAGUCGCUCGAUGCGAUCGGACGCAAUGCGGGCGACGGCAGCCGCGCUGGCCGAACCGCUGACAACGGAGCGGGCUGUGCCGAUCGUACAGUUUGCGGGCGAAGCAUCCCAUCCACAGUUUUACUCGACCGUUCAGGGUGCGGUUGGAAGCGGUUGGCGCGAGGCGGAUCGUUUGAUCGCGCUUUACAACAACCGACCCGGGGCGGCCGAUUCGGAGAACAAUGGGCAGCAAACGUUAAGGGGGAAGCUGUAGCUUCAGCCGCUAACGAUCCCGACAACGUUUAUGCGUUGAUAAAGACGUGAUCAUUGUUUAAAGUUUUAUUGAAGACAUUUUGUUUUAUUCAAAUAAUCGAUUUUUCGCACAGGGCGGGGGGUCGUGGCUUGCACUUCUCCCCUUUCUUUUCUUUAAUUCUACAACGAUAGAACCGUGGUAGGUAGGUGGUUUUAGGGCCUGCUCGGUGGUGGGAGAGGAGAGCUUAGUUCCGUUGUUAUGACCCCUGCCUAUAGCCAUAAUCCCUCCACACCCUAAAAAAAACUAUGUAGUGCUUCUGUUUCUUUGACUGUGUUUUAUCCCGUUGCAUCUUUGAGUGACUGUUCAUGUGUUGGUGUUGGUGUGUGUGUGUAUGAUCUUAGCUUUUUCUAGGUUUUGUUUCUUCCACUUUCGCGUGAAGACUACUGCUUAUGCUAUCCCGCACGUAAAGCGCCGGGCUAGAGAGAGAAAGGAAGGUUUUGUUUAAAGGGAAAGGUGAAGGAGUAAAAUGUCCUUGUUCUUUCACUCGCGUUUGUAAUUUCUUCUUUUUUGUUUUUGUUUUGCUGUUUCGAUUUUGUCACUACAUAGAAGCACUUUCGCGCUCUUUUAUAACAAUAUAUGCGUGGCCCCGCACACAACCACCACCACUGUUUACCGGAAGGGGGGAGGAAGUGGAAGGAGGAAAGAGAGUUCCUCCUCUGCUUUCCUCCCCAACCCCCCCCGGUAAGCUUUGUCUCUCUAUACAAAUAUUUAUAAAACGUAUCCUGGCCUAGUUUCCGCCGCGCCGAACGCCGCGCGCAGUACCACACUACUACUGAGAGUCUCUGUUUUCUCUUACACUUAUAAUUCGUUCAGAAAUUGCAUGAGCGAUACCAACGCCACUGUCUGUGUCUGGCUUUUUUCUGUGUUAUGUGUGUGUGUGUGUCUUGAUUUCUGUUGCACAAAACCGUUGUUCUUCUUGCGGUCGAAUCAAUUUUCUUUUCUUCUUCCCUCUUAAAGCCUAAACUUGUGUUUACCACCGAAGUAUUGUUGUACCAUAAAGUUCUUCCCUUCUCUACCGUUCAUCUCUUUCUCUCUUUCUCUCUGUAUCGAUCAGUUGUUUGCAUUUUUUGGUUGCUACCUUUCCCCCUCUGUCGGCUGUUCUUUAUGUUUUUUUUGGCCAAUUAGUUUGCACAUGUUAAGGAGCUGUUUUACAAAACACACUUUUGAGGAACACACGAGAGCGGGAUAAUAUAGUGAAAAAAGGGGGG